AUGAAUUUGCACAUUGAUAAGGUAGAUUCACCACGUGUAUAGAGAUUUUUUUUAGCGGCAAAAUCUUCGGACAAAUUCAUUCAUUCAUUACUCCCAUAACUAGCAAACUUCACUUCACUAAUCUCUCUUUCACUUUCUCCUCUUCGAUCAUCGAUUUCACAAUUCCAAAUCCCUAACCCUAAUCCACUCAAUUCAAUUCAAUUCAAGAGAACAACGAAUUCUUACGAUGAAGAGAAGAUUCGCUUCAUUAGGUGAUGAACCUGAAUCAGAAACUGAAUAUCAGUCACUGAUUGUAUCGAAUUAUCAUCUUGAAGAUAACGAUGAUGAACCAGUAUCUUUUUCUGUUUUACCGAUUCAAUGGAGUGAUUCUGAAGUUUUUAAUUCUAAUGAUAAAAAAAAGGGACAGUUGCAGAUUUUUUUGCAUGGAUCUGCUGAUAAUGGAUUGCAGAAGAUUUUCAUGCAGGUUAUUGCUUGGAAGUUUGAUCUUUCUGGUUUGAAACCUGAGGUAUCGUUGUUGUCGAAGGAUAAGAGAUGGAUUAAGCUUCUGAAACCGAGGAAAAGUUUUCAGGAUACUAUUAAGACUGUUUUGAUUACUCUUUAUUUUCUUCAUUGUGUUAAGAAAAAACACAGAUUAUCUGUUCAUUCUUUUUGGAGUAACUUGUGUAAAGAUAGGGAUUUGAGCUCUUAUGGGUUUAAGCCUUCACAAAAGGAUUUAUUGGAUCAUAUGACUUUGAUUGGUGAAGUUACCAAAAGAGAUGCUGUCUUAGCUCGGUCUAAGCUUUUGCUCACAGUUUUAGGGGAGAAGCCAGAAGAUCUGAAACCAUCUGAUGAGGAAUUUGAAGAUGAUGAUAGGGAUAAUGAUAUCAUAGAAAAAGCUGACGAAGACUCAAAAGUAGAGGAUGAUUUGUUUGAUUCUGUUUGUGCAUUUUGUGACAAUGGUGGCGAUCUUAUUAUGUGUGAUGGAGCAUGCAUGAGGUCAUUUCAUGCUACUAAGGCAGAUGGUAGGGAAUCUUUAUGUGAUUCCCUUGGUUUUACCAAGAAGGAAGUUUAUGAUAUUGAGACGUUCCAUUGUAAGAAUUGUGAAUACUGUCAGCAUCAAUGCUUUGCAUGUGGUGAGCUGGGUUCUUCUGAUAAAGAUAAGGGUGCUGAGGUCAUUAAAUGUGCUUCUGAAUGCUGUGACCGUUUCUAUCAUCCACGCUGUAUUGCAAAGUUACUUCCCUCGGUAGUUAAGUAUGUUGCCGAGGAUCUUGAGAAAAAUAUUACUGAUGGGAAGCCCUUUCUUUGUCCCAUUCAUUUUUGCUGUGUCUGUAAAGGAUUGGAAAAUAAGAUGGAACCUGAUUUGCAAUUGGCAGUUUGUAACCGUUGUCCAAAGUCAUACCAUCGCAAAUGUUUGCCAAUUGGGAUCGCUUUUGAUGGUGAUGGUGUUGAAACAAGGGCUUGGGAAGGUCUUUUGCCAAACAAUCGCAUUCUUAUAUAUUGCUUAAAUCAUAAGAUCAUUGAUAAGCUUGGGACUCCUGUAAGAGAUCAUAUAAAAUUCCCCGACACUAGAGCUGCUGUUCCGGAAAUUAAUACUAAUAAGAGGAUGAAGCCUACAACUAAAGAUAGAGUUAUAUUGAAGAAUGAUGUUGGUGUUGUUAAAUCAUCUGGCAAGAGCACUGCAGAAGGAUCUAAUGUGACCGGAAAACUGCCAUCUAGUAAAAUUGGUUGUAAGAAGUCUGCUGAAAAGAUUAUAUCUGGUUCAGAUAUUUCAAAGACACCAGAAGCAAAGGUAAUGUCAAGUAAGUGUUUGACUGAAAACAAGAAGUCAAUCUCAAAGAAUUCGUCUGAAAAGGUGAUUUCUUCAGAUAUUUCAAGGAAGCUUGAGUCAAAUAAAAGUUGUUUGACUGAAAGCAAGAAGUCAAUCUCAAAGAAUUCGUCCGAAAAGGUGAUUUCUUCAGAUAUUUCAAGGAAGCUGGAAUCAAGUAAAAGUUGUUUGACUGAAAGCAAGAAGUCAAUCUCAAAGUUGUCUGGAAAGAUGACUUCUGGUUCAGAUAUUUCCAGGGAACCAAAAUCAAAUGAAAUAUCAGGAAGGCUUUCAACUGAAAACAAGAAGUCAAUCUCAAAGAAAUUUGAAAAGCCCAAGUGUGCUUCAACGAGUAAAAGUUCUGAGCAAAUCAAGCAUGACAAUCAGGUCGAUGAUGCAGAUAAUCAGACUCUGUCAAUCAAGCCUAUUAGAAGUGUAUUUCCUCCACAUGAUGCUGAUUCAGAGAAGGGUUUGGUAGAUUCAUUUAAAGAAGCUAGAUCCUCAAUACUGUUGGAGGGUGUGACAGAAAAACACAAGUUGGAUGACUCAGUUGACUUGACUACCAAACUGGAUAAGGUAAUAUCCCAUGAGCAUGGUAAUUGCGGGGACAAGCUGAUGCUGAAUCAUGUUCUCUUAGUGUCAACUGAUGAUCAAAAAGAACAAGCAUGUAUAAAUGAAAGUCGGAAAAGAAGCUCACAUCAUGCUAACGUUGACCAGGAGAGUGAAAAGAGACAGGAAUUUAAGAUGAGCAAAUCUUGGAAGACAUCCGGGAGGAGAACACUAAUUGAGAAUAAUGAUAGAAAAGGACUAGGCGUGUCCUCACAAUUGUUUAAAAGCGUGGUCUCACCAGCAUGGCGAUGUAUAAAACAAGCCCCUGGCCAUCAGGGAAGAUCUCAUAGUGAGAUUGAAAAAGGGACUAGUGUUAAAAAUGCAGAUGAAAACCAAAAUAGGGAAGAAGAUAAGCAUAGGAGAGAAUCAAAUGCAAGGCAACAAGUUGGCCCUUCUGGGGUUCAGGAUCCUAACUCUACGCAGAAUGAUCAUCUAUCUGGUCACAACCCUUCUUGUGCCAACAAACAUCCACAACUUAGUACAACAUCCAAGUCAUUAAAUAAGAUGAAUACACUUGCUGCAGAUGAAUCAAACCUUGUUAGGACGGGUUCUCCGACUCCUGAUCCUCCUAUAUUUAGUGGAAACGGCACUUUUGAACGUAUUGUGCUGCCAGGUUUUGCUGCUGGUCCUAAUUUUGCAUUUUCACUCCACCAUUCAGCAGGUUGGCUUGAAGAGGAUUAGGUUUUGCAUGUUGUACAUUGUAUGAUCAUAAGAGGGAAAUGUGAUCACAAGCUUUUUUCGGAUGCUAUUUCAAGUAGUAUUUGAGCUUAUAGCUUUUUACACUUUAUUUCAUUUAUACCCUUUGAUUAAUAACUAUCCACUCUAAAAAAAACUACCAACUAUCAAUUAUGUCAUUUUAUAUUUAUUAAUCACUUUAAAAGCUAA